CAUUCCAUAAUCUCUCUCUUUCUUUGCCUUAAUUCUUUAUAUUUACACCCACCCCCACCCUUUCAUGAGCUUCAUUUCAUAGUUUUGAAUGGAGAAUUUGUUGGGUCUUAUGAGAGUUCGUAUUCACAGAGGUAUUAAUUUGGCUAUUAGAGAUGUUACUACCAGCGAUCCUUACGUUGUUGUUAGGAUGGGCAAACAGAAAUUGAAGACUCGAGUUGUGAAGAAGAAUCUCAAUCCAGAAUGGAAUGAAGAAUUAACACUAUCUAUUACUGAGCCAAUUCUCCCAAUCAAACUGCAUGUUUAUGACAAGGAUAUAUUUUCUCUUGACGAUAAGAUGGGUGAUGCAGAAGUUGACAUACAGCCAUUUAUAGAUGCGGUUCAAAAGCGGUACAAGAACAUCCCUAGUGGAACCAUAAUCACAAAAAUAAAGCCAAGCAGGCAAAAUUGUUUCUCUGAAGAGAGCUCCAUUGUGUGGGAAAAUGAUCAGGUUGUACAAAAUGUGUUUAUUAGAUUGCGAAAUGUUGAGCGUGGUGAGAUAGAGCUACAAUUGCAGUGGAUUGACAUUCCUGGUUCCAAGGGUGUGUAGCAGCUAACUACUACUAUCCAUCAAUCAUGUACAGUCACUAUCCUUUAUUCAUGUUGUAUUGUGCUCUUUUUUUGGCUAAAAAUUUCUGAACUAUUCAGUUUUGAUUCACAUUGUGAUACAUUGUUUUGACGAUUCAAAUAAAAACUUAUAUAUAGGGA